GGUCACCACCAGCUGGGUAUGUGGAAGCUCUGCACCGCCGGAGCAACAAAACCAUACGAACCUAGGCGAGACACCGACCCGGGCACCUCCAGGUGGGGGGUGCCCGAACAGGUAUAAUCACAAUUUCUGUGUUGCGCAUGGCUUGUUCGAAUAUCAAGUGCCACAAUGCUCCCGUUUGGCUGUCGCUGCUCCACCACCGACCACACAGGUCUACCACCAGCCGCGUCGAAACGAGCACCCGCGCGGAGAGCAAAUUGACCGGGAUGUUGCGCCUUUCUUCCCGGCUACCGACCACGACCUGCAUUUGUACUACGCCUGGUCCGCCCGACCUCGAGCUGUCGAAGUCAGCCACAUUUGGACGGCCACCACGGACAGCCGACUGCACGCUUCGGCGGGGCAAAACGGUCGACACCUUCGCGAGACAU